UAUCGAGACAGAUGUCGCCAGUAACGUAGUUAUUUGAGGCGCGGCGCAGUGUGCUUUGCAUCACUGAACGAGAAACUCUUUCGAAAAAUAUCAUGCGAUAUAUCCAGUGGGAUUUUAUGCACUCAUGUCACGCAUCCUCAAAUUUAAAUAAUCUCAAUCACAGACCAGGCUAAACUAUUGGUGUUUUAAAAGAGAAAAGAACAAAAAAAGAACAAGAAAAAAAAAUCACGAAUAUAUAUAUAUAUAUAUACUUUUUUUUUUUAAAUCGAAAACAUUGAUCAUUAUCAAAUAGGAAAAUUAAUUCUAUUCUACGAAUGGUCAUCGUGGCAGUCACGUCCGAUUUGUACUGACUUUAUUUAUAGUGUCUGGUUAUUUUUGCAUGUGUUUCUUUUAAAACAAGAUGCAGCUGUCCGCUGGCUGAUAGGCAUUCUUGUACGUACCUCUGUAAGUUUGUUCGUUAGAUAGGCCCAACACUAAAUUAAGGCAUAAGUAGUUAAAGACACAUCAGUAUAGUACUUCUACAUGGACGCAUUCGUCCGUGAUACGUGGGUGUGUUAAUACGUAAAAUAUAUAAUUUUUAUUAAUCAUUCUAAAUAUUUCAUAUUCAGUUAUUAUAAUGACCUGGACUUUUAUACUAAGUGACAAUAUAUAGCGUUUAUUUCGAGGGCAACAUCGAAGAUUUAACAUCCAAACUAUAAUCGUGGUCUUCUCUUGAUUCAGGCAAUACAGGAAAAAGCAUUAGUUGUUUACCAAUUUGCUGCUGUUAAAUAAAGAAAUACAAGGACAAAUGGAAUCUACUGUAACUGGACGAAGGCGGACUGCCACAAGGCAUUCUGCUGAGGAUCAAGCUCUUGACCAAAUAGCUAAAGAGGUAUGAAAUAAUAAUCUACUUUUUAAUUCAUUUAGAAUUAGUAUGUUCAACGAAAAAAAUAGAAGUUGAGAAAAAGCAAUUGCUCUAUCAUACGUAGAAUGAUGAUAUACGUGUACGUUUAUGAGUAGCUUAUAUCUAUCUAAAUUUUGAUUUCAUACCUGUAUAUAAAUUGUUAUUAAUAUAUAUAAAAUUAGUAUUCCUAUAUUGUUGUAUCCACAUUUGUAUAAGAAGAAGACAUGUAAAGUAAUACUUUUACUGCUACUAAAUUACAUGUUAUAAACCACAUAAUGAUAACAGCUUAUCAUAAAGAUAAGAUAGGAAUGUCAGGAAAACAGGUAACUUUGUCUACGGAGUAAGGCUAAAAGAUGGAUUUUCCGUACAUACUUUCAGGCAGAAGCUCGACUAGCUGCAAGGAGACAAGCAAGAGCUGAAGCUAGAGAAAUUCGAAUGCGUGAAUUGGAAAGACAACAGAAAGAAGCAGAAGAAAAUGCUGAUAGAGUUUAUGACAUGUGUUCAGAUCCUAAUAGAGCCAUGAGAGUAACUCCAGAUCCUGUAAGGACAUCACGCUUGCUGACUAAUUCUAAUAAUUUUCAAUCCAGCUGUAAAUCAUCAGAAGAUUCAUUAGAAGAUGUAGGACUUGGUAGAGAUCUUAGGUUAGAGCUGAAGGAAUUUGAAGAGAAAUUCAGAAAAGCAAUGAUAGCUAAUGCCCAAUUAGACAAUGAAAAAUCUUCUUUUGCCUAUCAAGUUGAUAUAUUAAAAGAUAAAUUGGAAGAAUUAGAAGAAAUGGCAGCUCAGUUACGUAGAGAACUACGAGAGAAGAAUCGAGACGCUGAACAGUUAAAACGACUUGGUCAAAGAUUAAAAGAUGAUUUAGAUUUAUGCAGAACACAAUUGUUAGAAAGGGAUACACUAAUUCAGGAAAAUGGACUAGUGAUAGUUGAAGAUGAAGGAACUGAUGAAGAAAAUGACGUUGAAAGUGGACCCUGCCAUAGAAGAAGAGUAUUAGUUAGUAAAGAGUCUGCAGAUUUAUUGCAGAAUGCUGGAAAAGGAUCCUUGGACGUUCGACUGAGAAAGUUCGCUUCGGAGAAAAAAGAAUUAGAAGAUCAAAUACGACAUUUAAGAUUGGAAUUAGAAGAAACCAAGAAUCGCAUAAGAUCUGAGAGAUCCCCGGGUGCAGUAUUAGGUGGCUUAACGGAUUCUGAAGAUAUUCAACGAGAAGCUAAUAAGCUUUUAGCCGACUACAAAUUCAAGCUGCAAAAAGCGGAACAAGACAUGUCUACGUUACAAGCGACGGUAGCUAGAUUAGAAAGUCAAGUAAUACGCUAUAAGUCUGCAGCAGAAGCAUCUGAGAAAGCGGAAGAUGAACUCAAAGUUGAAAAGAGAAAAUUGCAAAGAGAAGUUAGAGAGUCUCAAGGACGCGUUGAAGAACUCGAAACAGCGAACUCGCAUUUACAAAGGCGAUUAGAUAAACUUAAAAAUGCUAAAUCUGCUCUUUUUAAAGAUCUUUGAUGAAAUUAUUUUUUUUUUUGGGCCUGUCGAAUUUACCCGGUCUUUUCUCUUCUAUGCUAUCUAUAGACAAAAAGCAUUUAUUUAAUAAUUUUUAAAUAAUAAUAUUGCAAAAUAUAUCAAAGUUAUUUGGCAAUUUGGUAAUAACAUUUAACAGAGAGUAUGUGUACUGUUAUCAGAUCUUUUAUAAUUUAAAGAGCUUUUAUCAUUUAGAGAAUGACGCGUAUCAAAAUAUUUAUACUAAUGAAUUUGUACGAAAAGUCAUUCUUUGUUUUUAUCUGGUCUUUUGGUAAUAAGCAGUUUAAUGGCAAUUUAACAACGAGAAAAUGCUUGUUUAGUAAUAAUAUUUCAGGCAUUUGUAAUACUUUAUUAAUUUAUAAAUAGUUGUUUAAAGACAA